UAUGGUGACGCGAAGCGAAGUUUGGCAAGCUCAUCUUUUUGUUACCGAUAAAAUAAAAAAUUACUUUUUUAGUAAAACAGAAACGUAGUUUUAUACGUUUUCCGCAUAAUAAUAUAUCAAUUGUAUAUUGUUUAAUAAGUGUUUUAUUAAAUAAUUAAGUGUUAAAACUCAUUGAAAUGGCGACAGUCCCGGGCAACAAGCCCCAAUGGCCGACCCGGCCCGGCAUGCAGCAUCAAAACAGCCAUACGCCGAAUUUAACGCUCAACAGAACAAUAAAUCUGUACCCGUUAACGAAUUACACGUUUGGGACGAAGGAACCUCUGUUUGAGAAGGAUGCGUCGGUGCCAGCCAGGUUUCAAAGGAUGCGUGAAGAAUUUGUUAAGAUUGGUAUGAGGAGGUCAGUAGAAGGUGUGUUACUGGUGCAUGAGCAUGGAUUACCACACGUGUUGCUGCUACAGCUUGGUACAGCAUUCUUCAAGCUGCCCGGUGGAGAGCUUAACCCUGGAGAGGAUGAAAUAGAAGGUCUUAAACGGCUAUUAACAGAGACCCUGGGCAGGCAAGACGGUGUCAAACAGGAGUGGCUGAUUGAAGACACAAUAGGUAACUGGUGGCGCCCUAACUUCGAACCACCCCAAUACCCGUACAUACCGCCCCACAUAACCAAGCCCAAAGAGCACAAGCGCCUAUUCCUGGUGCAGCUCCAAGACAGAGCCCUAUUUGCAGUUCCCAAGAACUAUAAACUGGUGGCGGCCCCGCUGUUUGAGUUGUAUGACAACGCUCAGGGCUACGGGCCCAUCAUAUCCUCUCUCUCGCAGAGUCUCUGUCGGUUUAACUUUGUGUACAUGUAAACUUUAAGGUCAUCUUAAAAGUUAAGGUCAGUUUAAAAAUCUAAAUAAACAUUGAAUUCUAAUUUUUGGCAUAGGACAGCAUCAAAAUCCGGCGCUCAAUAACUUUAAAGGGGUCCUUAAAACUACUUUUGCAACAAGUGUAAAAAAAAGCAUAUAAAAAUUUAAGUUUCAGUGUUUUUGGUCCUUAGAACUAAUUUUAAAUAAUGUCUUAAAAUUUUUAAGGGCUCCUUUAAACUUAAGGCACACUUUUGAAGCGUAAAAAAAGCAUAUAACAAUUUAAGUUUCUGUGUUUUGUUCAAA